AUGCUGAACAGGAAACCGAGCGAGGGGGGCUUGACCAGGACGCACGGCAAUGGGUCUGUGGGUCCAGGCAUGUUCCCCCCUUUCGGGUCCUAUGAUGGAGAAAAGUUGGAAGAUGAGGGUUGGUCUGUAGGUCCAGGCAUGUUCCCCCCUUUCGGGUCCUAUGAUGGAGAGGAGUUGGAAGAUGAGGGUUGGAUCAUGCCGAAGAAGCCAGCAGAGGAAGGAAAUGAUUCGAAGGAAGUGCCAGAAGCAUCUGCCCCACAGAACCAUGGGAAAGAGCUGUGCCCCCCGGGAAAUCCAACUACCUCUGAGAAGAUUCACGAGACAUCAGGAAAUAGGGAGGCCCAAGAAAAGGAAGAGAGACGUGGAACAGCUCAUCGGUGGAGCAGUCAGAACACAUACAACAUUGGACCCAAAAGGGGGGAACAUGCCUGGACCCACAGACUGCGUGAGAGAAAGCAGGUGGUGAUUUAUGAAGAGAUCAGCGACCCUGAAGAAGAUGACGAGUAACUCCCCUCAGGGAUAUGACACAUGCCCAUGAUGAGAAGCAGAACGUGGUGACCUUUCACGAACGUGGGCAUGGCUGCGGACCCCUCGUCAUCAGGUGUACAGCAAGUGAAAGCAAGUGUUCACAACAGUGAAAAGUUGGGCGUCAUUUUUCUUAGUGUGACAAGAGUUCGAUGUUGGCGUUUCCAUUGUAUUUUCUUACAGUGUGCCAUUCUGUUAGAUAUUAGCAUUUUCAUUGAUGAGCAAGACAUGCUUAAAGCAUAUUUCGGUUUGUGUAUCCAUGCACCUACCUCAGAAAACAAGUAUAGUCAGGUAUUCUCUCCAUAGAACAGCACUACCCUCCUCUCUCCCCAGAUAUGACUGCUGAGGGGAGGUCUGAGUGUUUAAUUUCCGAUUUUUUCCUCUGCAUUUACACACACACCACACACGCGCACACACACAGCAAGUACCAGUAUAAGCAUCUCCCAUCUGCUUUUCUCCAUUGCCACGCGUCCUGGUCAAGCCUCCCUCACUCUGUUUCCUGUUCAGCAUGUACUCCCCUCAUCCGAUUCCCCUCUGUCUGUCACUGACAGUUAAUAAACCUUUGCAAAUGUUC